GUUUAUUAAUGAAUAUUAUCUUUGUCCUCAGGCACCAUGGCAGGUCAGGACAAAAACAUGGCAAACAAUUUGGCCUACACGUCCAAACGGCUCAGUCUCCACACGGACUACCCUGCGUUACACUUCUCACCAGGAGUGCAGUUUGUGCACUGCAUCCAGGCCGUGGAGGGGGGGGAGAGCGAGGUGGUGGACGGCUUCCACAUGGUCGAGCUGCUGCAGAGAGAAGACCCGGAGGCCUACAGGACCCUCACCUCCACCCUGGUGGACUUCACCGACAUGGGGAGGGACUACUGCGACUUCCUGCUGCAGUCCAAGAAACACGUCAUCGACAUCGAUCGUACAGGCCGAGUUGAGAGGAUCAACUUCAACAACGCCACCAGAGACUCGGUGCUGGACCUCCCCGUCCACCAGGUCCAACCCUUCUACAGAGCGCUGAAGGCCUUCACCGACCUCAUGAACCGCCCAGAGAACGUGGUCAGCUACACGAUGGAGCCAGGUGAAAUGGUGACGUUUGAUAACUGGCGCCUGCUCCACGGACGGAGGAGCUACGUCACCAGGCCCGACUGCUCCAGACACCUCGAGGGCGCCUACCUGGACUGGGACGAGGUCAUGUCUCGCCUCCGGUUGCUGCGCAACAUCGUCCACAAGCACACAUGAGCUCGGCAAACCAAACGGUGACAUUACGUUUUUU